GCCACUGAUAAUCCUGUAGCUGCCUCCUUCUAUUGUAAAAUGCAAAUAGAUUGUAUAGCCUAGGCUCACACGUUCAGGAAACUUGUGAGAAGUUACUGUCUUCUGCCUCUUAAUUGCUUCCAGUGGUCUUUUAAUUAGGGAUGAGUAUGGAGAAUGCUACCAGACCAGUCAUUAGAGUGUUUGUUUGGUUUGAUUGUUGUUGUUGUUGUGGUGAUGGUGGGGGUGGUGGUUUUUUACUUUGUUGUGGUUUGUUUUGUUUGUUGGUUUGGUUUGGUUUGGUUUGGUUUGGUUUUUUUUUAAAUUCAUGGAGAACUUGAGCAACUCAGGCAGGCUUCUCAUUUCCUUUCAGGUUUCAUUGGAUGUGACCAUUAGAGAAGCAGAGUCUGAGGCUAUAACAGUCAUCUGUAAAAGAACCAGUGCUCCAAUAUUUGAGGUGAUGAAAGAUGUGUGACUUUCUACUGGCAACUCUUCAAUUCAAUUACCUGGGACAGAUGUGAAUGCCUUCAGUUCAGUUGCUGAAAAUGAGGAUGCACUCCUCAAGCACUUAUUUGAAGGCUAUCAGAAAUGGGUCCGCCCUGUGGAAAGCUCCAAUGACACCAUCAAAGUCCUUUUUGGGCUAAAGAUAUCACAGCUUGUGGAUGUGGAUGAGAAGAAUCAGCUGAUGACAACCAAUGUGUGGCUGAAACAGGAAUGGAUUGACCACAAGCUCUCCUGGAAUCCAGAUGAAUAUGGUGGGAUCACUGCUAUCCGGGUCCCCUCUGAGUCUCUGUGGCUUCCAGACAUCGUUUUGUUUGAAAAUGCUGACGGACGUUUUGAGGGAUCCCUGAUGACCAAAGCCAUAGUGAAGUACAAUGGAGUGGUGACCUGGACACCACCGGCCAGUUAUAAGAGCUCCUGCACAAUGGAUGUGACCUUCUUCCCCUUCGACAGGCAGAACUGCUCCAUGAAGUUUGGGUCGUGGACGUAUGAUGGCAAUAUGGUGGACUUGAUUUUAGUGGAUGAAAAUGUAGACAGGAAAGACUUCUUUGAUAAUGGGGAGUGGGAGAUCUUAAACGCCAAAGGUAUGAAAGGCAACAGGAAGGAUGGGCUGUACUCUUACCCAUUUGUCACUUAUUCCUUUGUUUUGAGGCGCCUUCCAUUGUUUUACACUCUUUUCUUAAUAAUCCCUUGCCUGGGAUUAUCUUUUCUAACUGUCCUGGUGUUUUACCUACCAUCAGAUGAAGGAGAAAAGCUUUCAUUAUCGACAUCAGUUCUAGUCUCCCUCACUGUUUUCCUUUUAGUGAUUGAGGAAAUAAUCCCUUCUUCUUCCAAAGUCAUCCCUCUGAUCGGUGAGUAUCUGCUCUUCAUCAUGAUUUUUGUGACCCUCUCUAUCAUCGUGACUGUGUUUGUUAUCAAUGUCCACCACCGAUCCUCAGCAACUUACCAUCCCAUGGCUCCCUGGGUUAAAAGGCUCUUUCUCCAGAAGUUGCCUCGUCUGCUCUGCAUGAAGGGCCAUGUAGAUCGCUACUCGUUCUCAGAGACUGAAGAAAAGGGAACCACCUCGAAAUCAAAGUUUCUGGGGAAGCAGAAAUACAAGCAAGCAAAAGAUGGAGAAAAAAUUGUUAUUGCCUUUCUGGAAAAGGCAGCUGACUCCAUUCGGUACAUUUCCAGGCACGUUAAAAAGGAGCAUUUCAUCAGACAGGUUGUACAAGACUGGAAAUUUGUAGCUCAAGUCCUGGAUCGGAUCUUCCUGUGGUUAUUUCUGGUGGUGUCGGUGACAGGUUCAGUUCUCAUCUUCACCCCUGCAUUACGGAUGUGGUUGAACAACACUUUGUAGAAGACACUCGCACAGUAAAUUACAAGAACAGUGCCAAGGGACAGUGGUGCCUUGGAGCUUGGUCUCUGCUGCACAAGAGGAGAAGCAGCAGUACAAAUAAGGAAAGGUGAUAGUAACAGUGGGCAUUUAUUAGUGCUUUCAAUCUUCAUAAUAACUCUACUAGUUACAGAUUUUGCUGAAAUCAGAGAAGAGCUUGGUGCACAGCCAAGGCAUAAAGUGAGCUGGGCUUGCACAACUGGGUUAUAAUUAUUUUAUUGUUAGCUUGGUUGUAUUACUAUAAAAGCCAAGAUUAUUAGUUAAAAUUGGAAAUAGAAGGUCUUGUACAAUCAUUAUACUAAAAAGGCUUAUCUGUCAGUUAAAAUGCUACAUUGUAAAAGAAGUUACUGUAGGAACACAAAUCUUUAGUCAGUUUAUCUGUGUUUACAAGUAAAAACCACUGUCUACAUGCUUUAUGCAUGUGUCAGAACUGGCAAUUGCAUAGCAUGUGCAUUAGAAAAAGUAUAAAUUAUUCUUAGAUGGGAUACUCAAAACCUUGACCCUCUAGCUUCUCUUUGCUGCAGGAUCCGCUCAACAAGGGCAGAACCUACCACUGCCCAUCUGCUACCAGCCUUUAUGGCAUGCACAAUUUGUCUCUCACCUCAGCCAUCAGGAAGCUACAACGUAUUGCCCACGUUUCAGUAUUACUUGCAGUUUUGCUUGCUGCUCUGUAAGGUACCAGAAAGCUGACAAAGCAAGGAUUUUUCCCCAUGCUCCACAUUUAGAAACUAUUAUUCCUUCACCUGCUUGUUCACAAGUGGAAGAUCACCUAAGCAAAGGUGGCUGUGCUGCUCCAUAAGGCAACAGUGAUAUUCCUGAAGUGUUCAGCUGGAGGGAAGCUGCAGACCUGUCUUUUGGCAGAUGAAAAUUGUGGUUGUUGCAAGAGUGGGGUUUCUCUGGGUGUCAGGAAGGUACAUUUUUGGAUAUUGGCUUGUCCAUGUUUCCUAGGCAGUUCAGAAUUUCAUUCCUUCAAUUCAUUUAUUAUGGGAUCCUUUUGCAUGAUUAGAAACAGCUCUUGAAAGUGUUAAAUAAGUGAGAUGUGACAGAAAACACCCAGGUGAAACUCUCACAGAAAUGAAACUCUUGCCAUUUUUGCUGGGGCAGUGUUUUCCAACAUGGAAAUAUUGGAAAUCAGAUUAGAAAAUCCUAUUCAGAACUUGCAAGUAUUUCCAAGGUUAGCAAGGGUUUUGGAGAUCCAACUUUUGACAAUCUAAGUAUCUGUUAAAGUUUUAGCUAGCCUUGAAACUGUCUCCCUAGAGAUGGAGGUUAGAAAGUGUUAAAAAUACAUAGGGGUGUUCUUAUGCUUGGAUUGUGCCACCAGACCUCCAUGAGUUAAUGUAAUCUCACCAAGUUGUGUCA